AACAAAAUCGCAUAUCAAAACAAAAGCAGACUCGAACUGGUUGAUAUAUUUCAGCCUAAAUACUUAAAUCAGGCUGUGAUCCAUGAUUUAAAAUUGUGUAUUAUAACAUAAAUAGUCAUAAAUUCCGUAAUUACCUAGUGUAAUAAAGGUAAAAAUCAAAAUGAAACCGAGUGGAUACAGUUCAAUGAUGGUGCUUCUCGUAGCAGUUAUUCCAACUAGUUUCGAGCUGGAAAUUGAUUGCUCGGAUUUACGUAUGGGACAAUAUUUGUGUCCGGAUCCCAAUGUUCGACACAUCGAUGCUAAAACCCAACAACUGAAGGGUUGUACGAAAGAGAAUAAAGCACGAGUUUGGUGCAUCGCAGUGGACGGUAUCGCCUGUAGUGAAACAAAGAAUGCAAGCUUUACCCGGGAAAUGCCGUGCAAGUGGACUAACGGAUAUCACUUUGACACCGCUCUGCUACUUUCGGUUUUUCUCGGUAUGUUUGGCAUAGAUCGAUUUUACCUCGGCUAUCCAGCCAUCGGCUUGUUGAAGUUCUGCACACUUGGGUUUAUGUUUCUUGGCCAACUGGUGGAUGUAAUACUGAUAGCCACCCAAGUGGUCGGGCCAGCGGAUGGAUCCGCCUAUGUGAUCCCGUACUACGGCCCGGGCAUCACAGUAAUACGGAGCGAUAAUUGGACCUAUCGCUUACCACAGGAUAACUGGUGAUUGUUACUCAAUAUUUUGUAGGUCAUAGAAUAAACAAUUGUGUCUGAUAUAUGUGAAAA